UGCAUGGCGGGAGCUUCCACGCCAGAGUACCGUCAGCGCAGGAGGUUAUCAGCUGGACAGCCAGGAGCAGGGGCCCCCAGGAACCCGGAGAGAGCACAGUAGAUUCUCAUAUUUCCUAUCGUAACCAUGGCAACUGCUUUGGCGACCACAACCCGCAGGAAGAGAGAAAAGGGCACACCUUUUGAAGGUACCCCACCAUCACCGCCAGUGGACCAGCAUAAAGGAAAGGUGUGGAAUUAUUAUACCAAGCUACGUGGCACGUGUGUGGAAUGUAAUGUCUGCAGGAAACAACUCUCAAUUCAUAACAGCACCACCACUCUGAGAGAGCAUCUCCUGAAGUGGCACAGCUCCUGCACCCCUAAAAUCGCAGAGGAGCAUGAGCAGGACUUUCCCAGCCAGGAAGUGGCGCCCAAGAGAUUAAAGCAGACACCACCAGGAAAAGAGUCAUGCCCAUCAGAUUCUGAGAGCAGGACCGGGGUAAUAGCAGAUCUUGUAUUAGAAAUGGUAUGCCGUGAUCUUCAUCCUCUGUCUGUGGUCGAGGGUAAAGGGUUUGGUCUCCUCCUUGAGUAUUUUGAGCCUAGUGUCAAUCUCCCAUCAUCUACACAGCUAUCUGGCCUCCUAUGCCAUCGAUACAAUGUAAUGAAGCAACAGCUGAGAUGUCACUUGCAGGACUCCAAGGCCAUAGUCCUCUCUAUGGAGAGUUGGUCCUCUUGCCUUAACCAUCCAUGCCAGGCCAUUACUGCCAACGUCAUCGAUGGUGAGUGGAAUUUGGCACAAUACAUGUUAGGAUCCCAAGAGCUCCAUACAGGCAAGACAGAAGAUUGCUUAGUUGAGAGACUGUGUUCUGUUGUAGGAGAGUAUGACUUGUCCAGAAACCAUGUAUCUUGUGUUAUGCAUGACCAAUUAGCUUCCAUGUUGGCUCAUGCUGACACCCUAAAAGACACACAUGGCUGGACCAGUGUGUGCUGUGCCGCCCAUGUCCUGCAGCUAUGUGUUCGUGAGGGGCUUGAAAUCCAAGACGUUAAAGAAGUAUUGAGUGCAGCAAGAGGCUUGGUAAGUUAUCUCCAACAGGAUCUCCCAGCCUCCACCUAUCUCAGUGCCAGGCUGGAGUCCAUGAACAAGGCCAGGCCUGUAAUGGACACAGAGUCCUGCUGGAUCACAACUCUACACAUGUGUCAGAGUUUGCUGAACAUCAAGUGGGCCAUCCUUUCCGUUAUGGAGGACCAGCUUGUACAGAAUCUGUCUAAGCAACACUGGGAUCUUCUACAGGACUUGGUGUCCGUGCUAAAAAUUGUAUGGAUUGCAACCAUCUUCCUGCAGGAGGAGCAGAACACCUCUGUGUCAUCUGUAAUUCCAUGUGUCCACGGUAUCUUAAAUGCCUUUACUCACUUUUCAGAAAAUAGUAGCAGCAUUGGGAAAGCUUUUGUAAAUCAAAUACGGGUUGAGAUGUGUCGCCAUUGGGACAUGGUGAAUGAAGCAAACCUUUUGGCUAGUCCAGCUGUAGUUGCCUCUUUUUUUGAUCCUCGCUACAAAGAGUUGAGGUUUCUUAAGCCUGAAGCUAGAGGAGAAGUGUUCAGCAAAGUGAUAAGUCUCCUGUCUCAGACCUGUGACACCCAGCCUGGGUUAUUGUUAGAUUCUGGGGUUGAAGAGACAUUUGACCAGUGUCUGCAGAGGGACACAUGUUCCCGUGUAAUGCAUGACAACUUGUAUGACCUUCUCCUUGGGAAGGACCCAACCGAGAUAAUGCCAGAAGCUCGUCAGCAACUGGAAAGCUACAUAGCAGAACCCGUCUGCAAGCGAAGCACUGACCCGCUAGUCUGGUGGAAGAACAAUCACCACCGAUUUCCAGAGCUUGCUAGGCUUGCCCAACAAUAUUUGAUCAUACCUUCCACAGCAAUACAACCAGAACGUGCCUUCUCUGCCAAACAGGGAACGGUGGAGCAGCGCAGAGUCUUCCUGGAACAGAAUCACAUGGACCUUCUCUUGUUUAUACAUCAUAACAUGGACUUAUUGGACCUGCCAAAAAAGCAAUGACUCUGUUUCUAAUUUGGGUGGAUUUCUAUGUGGUCUGCUCCCAAACCCCAGACACAAGACAAUACAAUAGGUGGCUAGGAACCAUUGCGCUGUUGGCUGUCUAUCCACGCUGGUUUACAAAUCAGACUUUGGACUCCUCAGCCAGGGCUGUCUGCUUUUAAGUACUUCUCUGGCUGAAGAGUAUUGUAUGCCUUCUAUGGCUCUGGCAUCACUCUCAGCCAGCAGGUUUCUUCAGCCUCAUUCUAGCCGUCUUGUUGAUUUUAUAACACACAUCACCUUUAGUGGUUUUCACUUGUCUCAUACAUGCACAGUUUUAUAAGCUUUUUUUUCCACCCACCGAGCUUGAAAAUU